AUCUCGUUCUCUAUUGUGGUCACUAACUCAUCAUGAAAUUGUUCCUCGUCUUACUUUUGGCAGCGUGUGCGUUCGCCGCCCCCCAGCGCGACUCCAAAGACGCCGUCAUUACAAAGUACGAGAGCGACAACAUCGGCAUCGACGGAUACAACUAUUUAUACGAGACCAGCGAUGGCACCUCAGCCCAAGAACAGGGCCAAUUGCAAAACGCUGGCACCGAAAAUGAGGCAAUCGUCGUCAGGGGGCAGUUCUCCUUUGUGGGGUUGGACGGAGUGACCUACACGGUGACCUACAUCGCUGACGAAAACGGAUUCCAGCCCCAAGGGGCGCAUCUCCCAAAAGCCCCAUAGACUAGUUAUUAGCCGGCCACUUGGAAGUUUUUAUAAAAGUGAAAAUUGGCCGCUUUUCUAUUUAUGUGUCAAAAAUGUAAAUAAACGAUAUUUUAAUAA